GGUCCCGCUCCUCCCUGCCACCCCCCCAAUCCCCCGGCGUGGGGAGAAGAGGGAUGAGCGGGCGAUCGCACAGGUUAUAAAGGGCUACGGGGCGACCGCGGCUGGCCUCCGCGUCUCCAGCUCCGCCCUCGCGCCUCCCUCUCGGCUCGGGCUUUCGCUUCUGCUCCAGCCCCACUCGACCCUCUCGGGCCUCGGCUACACGGGCUGCGGCAAAAGAUGGCGGCUCCAGCGGCUUCCGCGGCUCGGACCGACAGUUCCGAGGAGAUGCUGGCUGCCGCCCUAGCGGACGUGCCCGAGCUGGCGCGGCUUCUGGAGGUCGAUCCGUACCUAAAACCCUUCGCUCAGGAUUUCCACCGCAGGUAUAAGCGGUUUUGCCAGACUUUGGAUAGCAUUGGAGAAAAUGAAGGUGGAAUUGAUAAGUUUUCCAAAGGCUAUGAAUCAUUUGGCAUUCACAGAUGUGCUGAUGGUGGUUUAUACUGCAAAGAAUGGGCCCCAGGAGCAGAAGGAGUUUUUCUUACUGGAGAAUUCAGUGGCUGGAAUCCAUUUUCAUAUCCAUAUAAAAAACUGGACUAUGGAAAAUGGGAGCUGUAUAUCCCCCCAAAGCAGAAUAAAUGUUCUCUGGUACCUCAUGGAUCCAAAUUAAAGGUAGUUAUUACUAGUAAAAGUGGAGAGAUCUUGUAUCGUAUUUCACCUUGGGCGAAGUAUGUGACUCGUGAAGGUGAUAAUGUGAAUUAUGAUUGGAUACACUGGGAUCCAGAACACCCAUAUAAACUUAAGCAUUCCAGACCAAAGAAGCCAAGAAGUGUAAGAAUUUAUGAAUCUCAUGUAGGAAUAUCUUCCCAUGAAGGAAAAGUAGCUUCUUAUAAACAUUUUACACGCAAUGUACUACCAAGAAUUAAAGACCUUGGAUACAACUGUAUCCAGAUGAUGGCGAUCAUGGAGCAUGCUUACUAUGCCAGUUUUGGUUACCAGAUAACAAGCUUCUUUGCAGCUUCAAGCCGUUAUGGAACACCAGAAGAGCUAAAAGAACUGGUUGACACAGCUCAUUCAAUGGGCAUUACCGUCCUCUUAGAUGUGGUACAUAGCCAUGCUUCAAAAAAUUCAGAAGACGGAUUGAAUAUGUUUGAUGGGACAGAUUCCUGUUAUUUUCAUUCUGGACCUAGAGGGAGGCAUGAUCUCUGGGAUAGUAGAUUGUUUGACUACUCCAGCUGGGAAGUUUUAAGAUUCCUUCUGUCAAACAUAAGAUGGUGGCUGGAAGAAUAUGGCUUUGAUGGAUUUCGUUUUGAUGGUGUUACUUCCAUGCUCUAUCAUCACCAUGGAAUGGGUCAAGGCUUUUCAGGUGAUUAUCAUGAAUACUUUGGACUACAAGUAGAUGAAGAUUCCUUGAUUUAUCUCAUGUUGGCCAAUCAUUUGGCCCACACGUUGUACCCAGAUUCUAUAACAAUAGCUGAGGAUGUUUCAGGAAUGCCAGCUCUGUGUUCUCCAAUUUCCCAGGGAGGGGGUGGUUUUGACUAUCGACUGGCCAUGGCAAUUCCAGAUAAAUGGAUCCAGGUACUCAAAGAGUUUAAAGAUGAAGACUGGAAUAUGGGCAAUAUAGUGCACACCCUCACAAACAGACGCUACCUUGAAAAGUGCAUUGCUUAUGCAGAGAGCCAUGAUCAGGCACUUGUUGGUGAUAAGACACUGGCAUUUUGGUUGAUGGAUGCAGAAAUGUAUACAAAUAUGAGUGUACUGUCCCCUCUUACUCCAGUCAUUGAUCGUGGAAUACAACUUCAUAAAAUGAUUCGACUCAUUACUCAUGCGCUCGGGGGAGAAGGCUAUCUCAAUUUCAUGGGUAAUGAAUUUGGGCAUCCAGAAUGGCUAGACUUCCCCAGAAAAGGAAAUAAUGAGAGUUACCAUUAUGCCAGAAGGCAGUUUCAUUUAACUGAUGAUGAUCUUCUUCGCUAUAAGUUCCUAAAUAACUUUGACAGGGAUAUGAAUAAAUUGGAAGAAAGAUGUGGUUGGCUUUCAGCUCCGCAGGCCUAUGUGAGUGAAAAACAUGAAACCAAUAAAAUCAUUGCUUUUGAGAGAGCACGUCUUCUUUUUAUUUUCAACUUUCAUCCAAACAAGAGCUAUACUGAUUACCGAGUUGGAACGGCAUUACCAGGAAAAUUCAAAAUUGUGCUAGAUUCAGAUGCAGGCGAGUAUGGAGGACACCAGAGACUGGACCACAGUACUGACUUCUUUUCCGAGGCUUUUGAACAUAAUGCGCGUCCUCAUUCUCUUUUGGUGUACAUUCCAAGCCGAACAGCCCUCAUCCUUCAGAAUGUGGAUCUGCCAAACUGAAGAGACCUGAUUUCAGCUCCACGGAAUGCAGACGCUUGCUUUGUUUUCCUGUCCUCACUGUUGCCAAGCUUAUAAUGUGUAAGCUUUUCAAACUAUAGCUGUCUAACCCAAAAGUCUGAUGUCUGAAAUUCAAUAUUUGGGAUAUGCAAAUAUAUAUCAAACUUGUCUUCAAGAAUUAGAGGAGGUACAUUUUUGAAAUUUCAGGUAUCCUGGACUAUAUUUUCAAGCUACUGAGCAGUUAGUAUACCCAAAUGAAGUGUACAUAUAAUGUCUUUAAAACAUUUUACUUCCCUGGCCAUUUAUUUGAUCCUAUAUAAUAUAGUUCAAAUUUAAAUCAGUUGUUAUAUAUGAUUGUUUUGUUUGAAUAUAUACAGUAUUUUUUUAAGAUGGAUAUUUGGUGACCUUAUUUGUUCUAAUAUCUCUUGGACUAAAUUAGGAAGUACCAAGGUUGUUACACUCUUUUAGCAAAUGGUGUUUAGAAAUACUGUAAUAAAUAUGUAAUAAUAAUAUGAAAAUUUAAAUUGCAUAAAAUGUAAUAUGAAAGUUACUAUCUUUGAGCUCAUCCGUGCUUGAUUUCACAUAAGUUUGUUCUUGUGAUCUCUUGUUCAUUUUUUAUCUUGGUAGAUACUGAUAUCUAUUCUGAGGGCCUGAAGCAAGUAAUUUGUAACAUUUCAGGAAAUAUGUCUUUCACUUUCAGUCGGUAGAAAAAAAUUGCAAAAUUGCCUUUGCUAAUGUUUGUUUUGCUGUAUUAUGGGGAUUGAUUUGGAGUGAAUAUUAAAAUGUUUUAUCUCA